AGGUGUGCCUCUUUCACGCCAUGCUGGGCCACAAGCCCGUCGGUGUGAAUCGUCAUUUUCAUAUGAUCUGUAUCCGAGAUAAAUUUAGUCAGAAUAUUGGGAGGCAAAUUUCUUCCAAAGUCAUCUGGGACCACUUGAGCACUAUGUAUGACAUGCAGGCACUGCAUGAGUCUGAGAUUCUUCCUUUCCCCAACUCAGAAAAAAACUUCAUCCUCCCUGAAGAAAUUAUUCAAGAAGUAAAAGAAGGGAAAGUGGUGAUUGAAGACGAUGUGAAGGAAGAAAUAAAGGAAGAGAUGGAAGCACAUGCAGCUUCUGAAGAAGGUACUUCAGCAUAUGAAAGACGUGUCCUCUUAUAUGCCUCUCUGGGAAACCUGGCAAAAGCCACUGAAAAACCAAGCAGCAAAGAGAAGGAAAGAAGCUCUUCAGAGUCUGGAUCCAAAGAAGGAGCAGAUAAGAGAAAGCGGAACAGAGUCACAGAGAAAGUCCUAAAUGCAAACAGCAACCCCUCCAGUCCCAGUGCAGCAAAACGGCGCAGGACAUAAUUGAUGGCAGAACAAUUCUGGCACAUGUCCUGAAGUCUAAGCAGGGAAAAGUUGGAGGGCCUAGUUAGUACACGAGUGGCAAGUGAGGAGACUGAGUGAGGCAAACUGGUCAUUGCCCCUCUGAAAGGAGGCAGGUGGUACCUUUGCCCCCCCAAAUUUUAGGAGGAGAGGGAGGCAAGCAGCUUUACAACAAAUGCCGAGCAAGUCCGACUUUUUUUUUGCCAUCAGACGCAAACGACAUACUUAGCGUCACAUCUGGAUUUGUGGGAACCAAGGAGCAUCAAUUCUGCUGAUUUAAAUGUUUAGAGACUUCUGUGUUUUGGACUGCAGUUGCUCAUUUUGGUCACUGCAGCACAAUUCUAGCUGACCAGAAUCGGAACUUGCCAAAAACAACUGAGUUUAUACAUCAUGGCAUCAAUUGGGUAUGUGGUGUGCUAGGUGUUCCCCCCACACGUGCCACAAAUUCAGUUCUGGAAGGUUGGAGCAAAAUUGGAGAGGAAGAGAAGGCAGAGUCCCGUUUGGGGAGAAGUUCAUCUGCACUGUUUCAAAUGUUAUCCUGAUGACUGAUCAAGAAAAUGCAGUAUAAACUGAUACGGUAGACUGCUCCAUCACUUGUACUGUAUAAGUAAUUUUGCUGCAAACUUUUGAGUGUAAGCAGUUCCAGUAAAGUCAGGUUAGGCAUUGGAAUUACUUGCCAGAUUGGGACAGUAAGAUAUGUACGUAUGUAUGUAUGUAUAUGUUUGUGUGGUAUUUUAUGCAUUAUUUAAUUUACUGAUUGUUUUUAAACGAAAAGUAUUUUUUGCAGAAAUCCUUAGAGUUUUGAGUAACUUUGUUAUUUAAGCUAUGUCCAGAGUAGGUUUUUGUUUUGUUUUACUUUGAAAUGUGUUGAGUUCAUAUGCACAGGUGUUAAAAGUUGAGCCCUCUUACUGUUUCUGGAUGAUCAGAUAGUAAAAUUUCCUUCUCUGAUUUUGGGGGACUUAGAAAACACCUUUUGUAAGAAAAGCAGUAUCAGCAGAGGAGCAGAGACGGAUACAGUGGCAUUCCAGCAUUCUGUCUGAGUUAACUUCUGCUGUUCAAUAAAAAAAGUUCCAGCCCAUCUUUGCUCCCUUAUAAUGCCGCUUGCUAAAGAGACAAGCACUUUCAUUUUAUGGCGUACAUGAAGUUCGAUUUAUUUCACAGAGUUCUAAGAAUGUGUCAGCUUUCUCUUUAAAUCAGUGUUUCUCAACCUUAGCAACUUUAAGACAUGUGGACUUCAACAUGCUGGCUGGGGAAUUCUGGGAGUUGGAAGUCCACAUAUCUUAAAGUUCCUAAGGUUGAGAAACACUGGUUUAAAUGAUCGGCUUUAAUUCUUACAAGCAGCCAGUGAUUUUCUCCCCCUUCUAGGCUUCUGUUGAUUUCUCAUCAAUGCGAUACUGCCGAAGGUAUCUCCAGUUUCCACCAUUUUUGUCAAAAUGACAAAAGCAGCAUCACAGUGCAGGCUCUGCCCCUUUGGCAUGGGACGUCAUGUAUAAAAGGGUAGAGCUCGCAUUGUGUUGGUGCAAAGCCGCCUUCAUCCUUUCCCAACCGCCUUCUCCUAGAGAUGCCACUGAAUAUAACUUCUUCAUUUAUGUAAAUUGCUGCUACCGUUUGGCACUUAAUAUUAAGGCAGAUACCACUGGGGGAGACCCCAGUAUUUGGAAAAAUCAAAAACAAUUGACCGAGACCAACAGAAGGCAAGGUAGUACUAAUUGAAAGUUUUAGGAACCUCCCUUCUCUCUGACAUCUGCACAGGCCCCAAAUAUUUUUUUUACUUAAACGUCUGAAACCUUUUGAAAAUCAGAUGCCACAAUAUUUUGGUGUUCUGUGCUGAAAUCUUGUGAAAAUUUGGACAGAGAAUGCCACGCUCUGGUGAGAUUUGGGGCAUUUAUGUCUGUGAGCUGAGUUCACACGUGAGAUUAAA